AAAAAAAAAAACUAAAGCGAAACACGAUUCCACGAAACCCUCGUCGUCCUCCUCGCGAGAUCGGAUUCGAUCCAGCUCAACUCGUUCCGGAGGCGGAGGCGGGGGCGCGUCUCCACCCUAUUCGAAUUCUCGAUUUGGCGCUCUUCUUCCCUCCCCACCUCCCAUUUCCCCACCCCCACCCCACAAAUCUACUUAACCGCCGCCGCCUCGCCGGUGCUGCUCCAAAUCAGUUGCCGGAGGGAUGGCUGACAAGGAGAACGCCACCCCGGCCUCCGCGGCGACGCGGCUCACCCGCGCGGCGGCCAAGCGCGGCGCGGCCGACUCCGGGGCGCAUGGCGCGCCGGCGAAGAGGAAGCGGGUGGCGCUCGGUGACCUGCCGACGCUCUCCAACGCCGUCGUACCCCGCCAUCAGCCCCCGUCGCACGCGCCCCUCGUCGUCAAGCCGCCGUCCAAGCCGGCCGCGGAGGAGGCGGCGGAGGCCCGUGAGCCCGCGGCUGCGGAGGGCGUCGGCGGCGGCUCCCCCGCAUCCGUGUCGACGUCGCCGCCCGCCGCCGGUGCGGACCCCCAGUACGCCUCCGACAUCUACACCUACCUCCGAUCCAUGGAGGUGGAGGCGCGGCGGCAGGCGGCGGCGGACUACAUCGAGGCGGUGCAGGUGGACGUGACGGCCAACAUGCGGGCCAUCCUCGUCGACUGGCUGGUCGAGGUCGCCGAGGAGUACAAGCUCGUCGCCGACACGCUCUACCUCGCCGUCUCCUACCUCGACCGCUUCCUCUCCGCCCACCCGCUCAGGCGCAACAGGCUGCAGCUCCUCGGCGUCGCCGCCAUGCUCAUCGCUGCGAAGUACGAGGAGAUUACCCCUCCUCAUGUGGAGGAUUUCUGCUACAUUACCGAUAAUACCUACACUAGGCAGGAGGUUGUCAAGAUGGAGAGCGACAUACUCAAGCUCCUCAAGUUCGAGAUGGGCAAUCCUACCAUCAAGACAUUCCUGAGGCGGUUCAUGAGAUCUUGCGAGGAAGACAAAAAGCGCUCUAGCUUGUUAUUGGAGUUCAUCGGGAGUUAUCUUGCUGAGCUUAGCCUACUGGACUACGGUUGUCUCCGGUUCUUGCCGUCGGUGGUUGCUGCCUCAGUGGUGUUUGUUGCUAAACUGACCAUUGAUCCGUACACCAAUCCUUGGUGCAAGAAGAUGCAGAAGUUGACAGGGUACAAGGUGUCUGAACUGAAGGAAUGCAUAACGGCCAUCCAUGACUUGCAGCUCAAUAGAAAAUAUUCAUCCUUAACUGCAAUUCGUGACAAGUACAAGCAGCACAAGUUCAAGUGUGUGUCAACAUUGCUUCCUCCUGUUGAUAUCCCUGCAUUGUACCUCCAAGAUUUAACAGAGUAGCUGUUUUUGGUCUGCAACAUUGUGAGGUUAACAGUCUGAGCUCAUCUUGAGCUCCUGGAGAUAAAUGAAGAAUUACAGUUGCAGAGCAGCUUUCUCAGCUGAGCUAAGUUAGGGUGCUGUAAGCAUUUAGAAGCUGGAGGUUUUAAAGCCUAAGCCUCAGAGGGAGAUCUGGAGUCCAUUUAGGAGUCACUGAAUCACUAACAGGCAUUCUCCUGUUUUGUAAAAUUGUAGUUCUGUAUUAUAACUUACAACAUGGUGCCUUGAUCUGUUGGGAGAAAAAACCUGUAAUAUUUCAGACGCUGAUCCAUUCCCUUUGUUCAUCUUUUUAUGAAAUUAUCUGUUACUGUCAAUAAACUCAGUACCUGGUCCCCCCCACCCUAAAAACCACUGACAACUUGAAUAGGAAUGCUCGACAUGUUGAUGUGAUGCCUCUUGCCAUGUACGUGACAAUUUGGUAGUAUUGGAAUGUUUUGUUCAAUCAAACUUGUAAAUGUAUGUGCCAUUGCUAAUGCAUCAUCAAGAAAUAUUUGAU